AGGUCUUCACUUGAGACGCAGGUGCUGAGUUUCUUCGCGAGAAAAUCCCAAAUAUUCGCCAAGCCGCGAGAAGUCAUCGCCCCACGCCUUCCCCGAUGUCACGAUGAAGUACGGCAUCGAAGUUUCCCCCGACGAAACUCCACCCAAGGGGCGAGAAGAGGGAGAAAUGAGGGAGGAGGAGAGGAGGAAACCCCGAUGGCGAGGCGGACCCCAGGGCGAGUCCAGCGCAUUCCCGACUUCCAGGGAGGAAAACCCGAAGAGGCCGCCGACGCCGUCGUCUUCUCCAUCCAGUUCUACGGCAAGACGAUCGGGGAGGUCGGCCUGAUGGACCAGGACCUGUCCGAGCUGGACUGGAAGAAGUUCAAGUCGUAUCUUUUUCAGAAUCUCCUUAGUAUAAACCAGCAAGACAAUAUAUGUGUGAGUUACAGUGAUGAGGAAGGAGAUAAGCUUCCAAUUGAAUCGGACGAGGAAUACAGGGAGGCUCUGAAGGUAAGAUGAGGGUGCGGGUGUUCAGGCAGCCUCAGUUUAAAGUGAUGGAUGAUUUGGAUCCCC